AUGGAUCCCUGCCAAAAGUAUGAGAAGGCUGCUUCGAGUGUCUCAAUCCGUCGGGACGGAUCCGGCGGAUUGGGAGACGGAGUGCCCUUCCAAUGGUGUGCGAGCCAAGUCGACGUCCGCACCAUGCGGCCGCGAAAUGGGUCGCUGGAAGCCCUCAUCGGUAUCUGCAACCCCCAUCGACGGCCUCGAUUGCCCCUUUUGGGCCUUCGCUCAUGUCUCUACUACAACAUCGCGGGCCCGUCGCGCCUCCCCCGUCGGCCAGCAAACAGCGUGUUCUCGGAUCUUCUGGCCGCCAUGUCCACCACAACGGGGAGUCUCCCUGACUUCACCCCCUAUCGAAGCAUCAUCGAGGACCUGUACUGGAAGCAGAGAAAAACAUUAGACGAAGUCAUCAAGAUUAUGAAGGAUGACUAUGGUUUUGAGGCAAGAUACAAGACUCACCUCUCCAAGUGGGGCAAGAAGAAGAAUGUCAGCGAGGAGGAGUCGCUUGCGAUGCUCGAGAUUAGGCGGAGACGCCGUUUAGAGGAGAACAAGGAUACCGAGUUCACUCGUUUUGACAGGGACAUUGACAACAGGAAUCUCGAUCGCUUUGCAAAACGGCACAACUAUGAUAUGGGCAGUAGCAACCCCUUGCCCGAAAUACGGGUGGUAACUCCCCCGAACAUCAGGUACAGAACCCCCGACAUUGACACACCGACCAACCCUCCCCCGGCGGCGAACCCAUCCUACUCUACAUCAACGGCGAGCGAGGAGCAGCAGGCACCCGCCGAAGAGUAUCUCGGGUCGUAUAGUGCCAACACCCCACAAAGCGGCGAGAUGUCCUCAACUCGGCAAUAUGGCGAUGCCUUUGCAGGGUCCCGACCAUCAAACCACACGGGCAUGCCUCUGCAACCCACCAUGAACCCCUUCCCCGGACAUCCAAUCCCGCACGCGGCUCGGGGUUUCCCACAGAACGAUACGGGGUCCACGUUCCCUCCCACGCCAUACCAAGAUCACACCCAACUUCCUCCCCAUGCAUCCAACAUCCCCGCGGCCGGUGUGUCUCCCUGGGGUUACAACCCACAGCCGCCGCAGCCCGCCUCUCAACUGCCAAUCUUUGGAAUGUACCCCAGUGUCUCGGCCUUCCCCAGCAACUACAGACAAGGCAUGGAACCGGGAACCAUUGUCGCAGCCCCUCUCUAUGAUAACGGCAAACCCCUGAGAACCAUGAGCGUCCCGGAAAAUAUACCGCUCCACGGCACUGCGGUUGGUAAUGGGCACCUAACUGGUGCUAUGUUACACGAUAAUGUCGAUCCCAGUUCUGCCAUGCCCUUUACCCACACGGACGACCACACGUUGUGUGCUGGGGAUGACGAGUUGGAAGAGUUGGAUGGCCUGAUCGCUUGGCCCAACAAAAGGGCAAGGCGCAUGUAG